UUUGACUAAAAAAUAUAUAAACUUUUAAAAAUUCACACGUAUAACAUAAAACAUUUUUUAAAAUACAACAAACUUACUCAUUUAAUUCAAUAAAUUGUAUCAAUUCAUUUAAAAUGAGUGCACCACAGUUAUUAUUCGCUUGCUCAAAAUGUUUUGCACGUCAUCCUUUUGAAGAAUUGUCAUCUGGACAGCAACUUUGUAAGGAAUGUCGUGGUACAUUUCCCGUUGUUAAAUGUACAUAUUGUCGAUCGGAAUUUCAACAAACAGCCAAAGGUAGCACAAGUACAAUUUGUAAAAAAUGUGAACAAAAUGUGAAAGCAUAUGGGAAACCUUCUGCUUGCGAAUAUUGUAAUAUUAUAGCUGCAUUUAUAGGUAAUAAGUGCCAACGUUGCACAAAUAGUGAAUUUAAGUAUGGGCCACCUGUAACUUGCGAACAAUGUAAACAAAAAUGUGCAUUCGAGAAACCUCGUGAUAAUGACGAUAAAAAACUUGAAGAUAUCUAUUCAGGUGGGAAGUUAUUAUGUUGGCUGUGUGCGCUUGCGUAUAAGAGAGCGUUAGCAAGAACAAAACAAUCAGAUGCUGAUCGUAGGGCUCAUUUAAAGAUGACGCAGAAACGUGAUGCUAAACACCGUGAUCAUAACCGAUUAAAAAGUCAUAAUAAACGCCCGCAUCGUGUUGAUUUAACUAAGCAAUCGUCGAAUGAUCAAGGAAAUGGCAGUGGGAACGGAAACGGAAACGAUAGUGCGCCACCUAAUAAAGUAUCACGUAGCGGUGGUGGUGGAGGCGGGUCAGGAUUACCUGGUGGGCGUGCUGCACCAAUUGGUGAAUUUGAUCCGAAUAGUAGUGAUCAUGUUGUUGCAAUGACACAAUUAAAAGAAAAAAUUGCAUCCUUACAAAAAUUGGUCUCACAAAAGGAUAGUUUAAUAUUAACUAAGGAUAAAAUGAUAACAGAAUUAAAAGCAAAACAUUUUACGGUUGAAAAUGAAUUACGAAAUCAAAUGAAAGUAACACAAAGGGAUCAUGACAGUAAAUGUGAUAUGUUAAAUGGUAAAAUACAAACAUUAUUAAAAGAAGUCGCUACAUUAUCAAAAUCAACUAAAAAAGAUCGUUUGGCUGCUGCACGAGAAUCAUCAACAAACAGUGGUAGUGGAACCGACAGUCCAAGUAUACCUUAAUAAUUUUAUUAUUUCGAAGUAAUUCAAAUUUAUUGAAAGAAAAAAAAAAACAAUUAUAAAACAGUAGGUAAUUAAUUAUUCACUUUUAUUAAUUUAAAAACAAAAAAAGGAUGGUUCAAAAUAGAUUUUUUGGAAUAAUGAGAAAAUUAAACAUUUUUACUUAAUUAUUCAUUUUAGCGAUAUACUUGAAAAGUGCUGAAUGUUUCGAACAGAGCUAUUUAAUACAUUUAAAAAAAAAAAAAAACAAAAAUUUACCGAAGUU